UCUUAAACCUAUUUUUUUUAUUUACACAAUAUUCAAUUAAAAUAACUUCAGAGAAAUUCUGCGGGCUGCCUAAGGAGACUAAAGUAAAAGGAUGGCUGUGCCGCGUUUGUUUUUUCUACUCCUCUUCUUCACUCACUUGCCUGAAGUGAGGUCCGUUCAGAUGUGUGACAUGAUGAACGAGAUCGAGCUGGAGGAGCAGCGUUGCAAGAAUAGCACCUCCACCACCAACGUCACGUCAGGUUGCCAGGGCACGUGGGAUAUCAUCGCCUGUUGGCCCUCAGCCAGCGUUGGGGAAGUGGUCACUAUCACCUGCCCCACAUACUUCAGCUACUUCAGUGACCAGCACAAAGGUAACCUCUCCAAAACCUGCACAGCGGACGGAUGGACGGACAUGCAUCCUAUUGACAUCGCCCUGAACUGUGGAUAUAACCCGAACAGCACCAGUGAUGACGGCAAGUUUUUUUGGCAAGUGAAGAUUGGCUACACUGUGGGCCAUAGCGUCUCCCUCAUCUCUCUGACUACAGCCAUUGUAAUCUUGUGCGUUUUCAGAAAACUUCACUGCACCAGGAACUUCAUCCACAUGCACCUGUUUGUGUCGUUCAUUUUGAAGGCCAUCGCAGUGUUCAUUAAAGACGUGGUUCUGUAUGAGGUCGGAGAGGUGGACAACUGCUCCUCUGGUUCGGUGGGCUGUAAGGCUGUGAUGGUGUUCUUUCAGUACUGCAUUAUGGCCAGCUUCUUCUGGCUGCUGGUGGAGGGCCUGUAUCUUCAUGCAUUGCUGGCAGUCUCUUUCUUCUCUGAAAGGAAGUAUUUCUGGGCAUACAUCUUAAUUGGCUGGGGAGGCCCCAUUAUUUUCAUCACAGCUUGGAGUAUUGCCAAAGCCUAUUAUAACGACGUGGGGUGCUGGGAUAUUAUUGAAAAUACGGAUGUGUUCUGGUGGAUCAUUAAAACACCUAUUUUGGCAUCAAUCUUGAUGAACUUCUUCCUCUUCAUCUGCAUCAUUCGAAUACUCCGUCAGAAGAUCAACUGUCCAGAUAUUGGGAGAAAAGAGUCCAAUCAGUAUUUGAGACUGGCCAAGUCAACACUGCUGCUGAUUCCUCUGUUUGGGAUCAAUUUCCUUAUUUUCGCAUUUAUCCCAGAGCAAGUGAAGACAGAACUGCGACUAGUGUUUGAUCUGAUCUUGGGGUCCUUUCAGGGCUUUGUGGUGGCGGUCCUCUACUGCUUCCUCAACGGAGAGGUUCAAGCUGAAAUCAAGCGGAAAUGGCGGAGGUGGCACUUACAGCGAUACAUGGGCCACGACACCAAGUACCAGCAUCCGUCCAUUGGGAGCAGCAACAACUUCAGCACCCAGAUCACCAUGCUGACACGCUGUAGUCCCAAAGCACGACGCAACUCCUCAUCCUGCCAUGAGGACCUCUCCAGUAUCUGACCCCGCCCCCAUCAACAACAUGCCCCUAAAAACUGUACAUCACACUGCAAGACCGUGGUAAGAAGACCUAAAACAUUUUGAACAUAGGAAGGAAUCAUGGUCACCACUUUUGCACAUAUCACCGAGGACCAUUCUCUGUUUAAACGCACAUUUUAUUUUGUUCGAUCACUGUGGAUGCUACGGUCAAUCAUUAUUAGUUUAUAGUGUGCACAGACAGUGGGUGAUGGUCCCUUAGUCAUGGUCACAAUGUUAAAUAGAGGAUUCACAAGCAGCAAACAUGUGGUGUGAUCUCAUUAUGUGAUGAUUCAAAAUCGCUUAACGGAUUCCUUUGCUCAGAU